AUGCCUCCACUACUGGAAUGCACCCUACAGCGCCCAACCCGCAAGGCGGAGCGAUCACUCGACUAUCAGUGCCUCUCAAAAUUAGAUCUCCCCAAAUUGAAUUUGACGCGGAAAAAGCCACUCAAUUACGGAGGCACGCCGAGCAGGGCAUCCUACCCCGCAAGGCUGGCCUUUUCGGCAGCCGAAACCAUACCCCAGACUCCCGGCAUGGGGCUGGCGCCGGGCCUCUGCUCAAAACUGAUGUUACGAGAUGCAGCUGAAUUUGAACCAGCAGCAACUUUAUUGAAAGUGUUGAUAUACACAGAAGGUUUACAUGGAAGAUGGCACUUCAACGACAUCAGAGCUGUCUUUUCCAGGAGAUACCUCUUACAGAAUACCGCAGUAGAGAUCUUCCUGGCUAACAGAACCUCUGUGAUGUUCAACAUGCCCAACAAGAGCACGGUCAAGAAGGUGGUCCAUGCGUUACCCAGGGUUGGAGUAGGCCUCAAGUACGGCGUCCCAGCAUCAAGCAGAGGCAGUAAACAACAAACAUAUAACUACAGCUUUUUCGACACUGAUAGUUUCUUUCAGCUCAGACACGUUUCCCUGGCAACCCCUCGUCAGCUGUUCAAGGCGUCCAACAUGACGGCAGCCUGGCAGAGAAGAGAGAUCUCCAACUUUGAGUAUCUCAUGUACCUCAACACCAUAGCAGGACGUACAUACAACGACCUCAACCAGUACCCCAUAUUUCCGUGGGUGCUGACGAACUACGAGUCUCCAGAAUUAGACCUGACUUUACCAAGCAAUUACAGAGAUCUUUCAAAGCCAAUGGGGGCGCUGAAUCCGAGUCGUAAAGCUUUCUUCCAGGAGAGGUAUGAGAACUGGGAAGAUGACAAGAUACCAGCAUUCCACUACGGCACUCACUACUCAACGCUAGGCUUCACUCUUAUGUGGCUUAUGAGACUGGAGCCCUACACCACAUACUUCUUGAAUCUUCAAGGAGGUAAAUUUGAUCAUGCUUCAAGAACAUUCUCAUCCAUUGCCUCCUCGUGGAAGAACUGUCAGAGGGACACUUCAGAUGUCAAGGAAUUAAUUCCAGAGUUCUUCUACCUGCCUGAGAUGUUCAUGAACAACAAUGGCUACCAGCUAGGCACUCUAGAUGAAGGGACAGUCGUGGACGAUGUUGUGCUGCCACCCUGGGCCAAAUCACCAGAAGACUUCAUCAGGAUAAACAGGCUGGCCCUAGAAUCAGAGUUUGUGUCCUGCCAGCUCCACCAGUGGAUAGAUCUCAUCUUUGGCUACAAGCAGAGGGGGCUCGACGCUGUACGCUCCACUAACGUCUUCUACUAUCUUACCUAUGAGGGCAGCAUUGAUCUGGAGUCCAUUGAUGAUCUUGUCAUGAGAGAGGCUAUAGAGAAUCAGAUCAGAAGCUUUGGUCAGACCCCUGCCCAGCUUCUCACUGAACCACAUCCUCCUCGAAGUUCAGCUAUGCACUUGUCCCCUAUGAUGUACACAGAUCAGCUCCAACAGGAGGUCCUGAUGAUCAUCAAGUUCCUCUCCAACUCACCCGUCAUCCAUGUUGCUGCUAAUACCAGCCCCAUGGUCCCUACACCAGCCAUUAUCACGGUGGCUUGUAACCAGACCUACGCAAUGAACAAGUGGAACAACCAAACAGCAGGUGUUCCUGGUACUCCUGGGUACUCAAUGGACGCUGGCAAGAACCUACUCAUUGAGCUGGACCCGCUCGUCUUAUCACAGACCGGGAUGCACAGGAGACAGAUUGUCGAGGCGAUGGACUCCAACAUCAAGUCUAAAUCCUCAUGCUACAUCGCCACAGCAGACAACAAAUACAUCAUGUCAUGUGGCUUCUGGGAUAAGAGCUUCAGGGUGUUUAUCACAGAUACAUGCAAGGUCACCCAGGUGGUGUAUGGUCACUGGGACAUGGUGACAUGUCUAGGAAGGUCAGAGUGUCCAGUCGGUGGAGACUGCUACAUCGUAUCAGGCUCAAGGGAUGCUACUCUCCUGGUCUGGCAUUGGAGUGCCAAGCAGCAGUGGGUCCUGGGGGAUAACCAUGUACAUGGUGAGAUGGCAACUCCUCGAGCCAUCUUGACCGGUCAUGACACAGAGGUCAUCUCAGUAGCCGUCUGUACAGAGCUUGGCCUGGUGGUCAGUGGAUCAAAAGGUGGAGCUUGCUUGGUUCACACUGUGUCCGGUGACCUGCUUCAAUCCCUGGAGCCCCCUGCUCCUUGCAAGGUCCCUCGUCUCUGCUCCAUUGCGGCAGAGCAAGGGGUCAUCCUGGUGACCUUUGACAAGGGAAACAUCUGCUCCUUCACCCUCAAUGGUCAUUUCCUCAACCACACCGAUGUCCAGGCAAAUCUACAUGCUGUAAAGAUGAAGCCGGAGGGGGACUACUUCAUCACCGGUGGUGACAACCGUGUGGUCCAGGUUUGGAGGACCCAUGAUCAUAAACUCAUGCAUACAUUCCCAUUGUGUGAUGCAUCUAUUCUAGCUCUAGACCUAGCUCAUGAACAGAGAACAAUCAUUGCUGGCAUGGCAACGGGUAGCAUAGUGGCCUUUCACGUCAAUUUCCAAAAGUGGCACCAUGAAUACAGGGAAGCAUACUGAUGAGGGCCUGUGGUCGCUCUUCCUUCACUCACAACCCCACAAGCAACAAUUCCAUCUGUCCAAACAAGUAUACAUGACGUGGAUUAAGCCCUGUCAUGAUAGGAGUGUAUAAUGGACUAUUAAACAACUGUAAUACUUAUAUUUCAAGGUCAACAAGUAAAAGAUAUCAAUGAAUACUUCAUAAGCCAUAUUCUAACAUAAAAUUAAAACAGUUGAAACUUGCAUCAAGUCCUAGAGGACAGCGUGUAUUAGUAUGUUAAGAAAGACAUACAUGAAGUGCAUCUAUAGAAGAAAUCUUCUCCAAAGCUUUUUAUGAAUAGGAGUUAAAGAGCUAGAAGUUUGAUGCACUUUAUAAAGAAUCAUGGAUAUUAUAUACCUACCCUUGUCACUAGGAUUCAGAUUCAAUGCAGUUGAACGAAAUAAUAUUAGAUUCCUGAACUACAUGUAAUGUUUGAGCAGGGUGGCUGACAUGCCUGUUAUUGAUAAUCUGAAACCAGAAAUAUAUCUCUCAUAAGUGACGCAUCGUCAUGUUAUCCUAGAUUCAUAGGAUUUUUAUUUUAUCAAAAAAGCAUUGAAUAUUGAGAUUGUUUUUUGUCAUAAUGGAAUGAAAAAGACCAGGAGUCAUUCUAAAGUAUGAACUUUCCCCAUUUUUAUAUUCUAUUUCUUAGUUUUAGCAAUUCGUACCAGGAUUUGUUUAUCGAUCGUAGCUUUAUGUCAUGGUGUGAAAUAGCCAAAAGGCAUUAACUGGAAGAGACCAAAGUGUGUGUUAUUCCACAAUGAAAGAUGUCUUUAGUGCUAAAAGGACACUAUUGACAGACUAACAUUCUAUGGAUUCAGUCCAUCUCUGUCUAUUGUAAAUGACAUAUGCAAGAAAAUAGUGAGGUAGUAUAAUUACUAUUGAUUUAUGAAUAUAUCGAUUAACAUAUAUAUGCAAAGGAAACCAAUGUAUGGUUGCCUUUAAGAUCAAACAGGCAUUCAAUCCUGUACAUUCAUUUAGUAACAUUAUGCUCUGAUUGUGUGAUAAUUGUACAAUUACUACAUUGUUGAUAUAUAAAUACAGUGUACAAUUUGUAUAGAUACUGUAUACAUUUAUCUUAUCGUUUUCUUUUUCUUGUCAUUUUAUCAAAAUAAAGUAUACAACUGUGUUGUAUAAUUAACGAUCGUGAAAUGCAUAUUAUUGAAAUAGCUGAAUUACGAAAAUGAAGAAGAUGCACAAGUAUGGCACAACUUCUGAUUAUGAAUGUACUCUUGUUCAUGAAAUGAAUACUAAGUCAUUAUUUGUAUGUUCCUACCACUGUUUACCAGCCUACUACUCUUUAGAAGUGCCCUUGUUUAGAAAAUAUAGGAUGUUUGGUUAAGAAGAAAUGUGUUUUAUAAUGUCAAAAGCCAUAGUUGCAAUAGAAUUGCAUAGAUAUUAGAUAUUACGUUAUGAGUUUUACUGUGGUAUUUAGUAAACGAAAGAUCCCAUUGGCUGUAUGUCUUCUUAAAAUACAUGUAAAGCAUUGAGCUUCUGCUGAAUGUGAUUGAAACACAUGAUCGGUAAUUAACAGAUAGGAUUAUUUUAUUAUUCUGUUUAAAGUAAACCCUACUGCUAGGAAACAGAGACUUGCAAAGAAUGUAUUAACAUAGGACAGUCAUGUACACCUGUAUGUAAUACAACAAAGUUUCAAAAAGUUGGCAAAUUUCUUCAAAUUUCCAAUGUGUUCCAAAUAUGAACCUUCUGUAAUGUUCUCUUUUGUUUUCAUGAGACAAUGCUACAUGUUCAUAUCAAUAUAUUCUUUAUCAAAUAAAGGAAGCAUCAUAUCAACCUAUGUCAGCUAGAAUUUAUUAUAAAUACAAUGUUACUGACUGCCAAAUUGUAUUCAAAGGAAUAGUGCAAUCUUACAUUCAUACCAACUUAAUAGAGCAGCUUCGAUCCGGAUAUACUGUACUUGUGAAGUACUGGGGUAAACAAAAUUAUGGUUUGUUACUUUUAAUCCUUGAAUCUUUAGAAGAUUUUCUCCCUCUCUUGUUUUGAUAUUAAGCCCAUGUCUGCAAGUAUCAGGUGGUCUCUGUGUUAUGGCUAUGGGAAUAAAAGAAUUCUGUAGUGUGUGGGUAAUAAGGAGUUAAACAGUCAUGUCAUCCCUAUUCCAUGUGCAUCAGUUUUUUUUUGCAAUUAAAUGUACAUUCCAUUUUUAUUCAAUAAAGGGAAAAGAAGUUCAUUAACAUUCUCUAAACCAUUUAUUUCAAAUGAAAGAGGACUUUGUGAAACAACUCUAAAUCACAGAUGAUCAAAUUAUAUAUACCCCAUUCAUAAGCUAUCACGUUUUAGGAAUGGUAGGUUUUGUGAAGUUGGUAUUAUUACUGAAGCCAGAUAUUGAUCAUAUAUAUGUUUCACUUGAGAGUCACUUUUACUUAUCAUACAAAACUCAUUCCAAACUUUACAAUUUUAUUGGUUUGCUAUCAAUUAGUUUUCAGCAAUUAACGUCCUUGUGAAAAUUGCAAAACCCAAAUUGAACAAGUUUUCUUUCCCACUAUAUUAAUUUUUAUUUGCAUAUGUAAUGUUUUUGUUUUUGUCGUUAUUAAACCUCUCUGUAGUGAUUUUGUUAUUAGAGAAACCUUAAACCAGAUGAGGAUACCCCCAUUUAUGAGUCAGUUCAUUUUUUUUCCAUUAUGAAUUUUUAAUUCAUUUUUUCCAUUUUGAAUAUCUUUUGUUACAUGCGUAAGUGUGGUGCUGUGUUUGUUUUUAAUUGAGAGCUGUAAUGAAUAUUUUUUUGUUUUUUGUUUGCACAUGUCAUAAGUACGUUUACAAUUGAAUGUUUUCAUAGUAAUAUGAUCCGACCCUGUUGACCACAAACUGACUUCUUUUCCAUUGCUUUGAGCUUACAAUGCUAUUAGACUGUUAUAUGAAUUUCAAUAAAACCAUAAAUCAUCAAUGGUACACACUUCAGUUAUUGAUUUGGUUUAGAUUUAAUCAUCAAAAAUAUAUAAUUCAAUCAUAAACGUGGAACAUUCACAUGAAUUUAAAGAGAAAGGAAUAACAAAUGUAUGAUGAUUCAUUAUGUAGUUGCUUGCUGGUGAUUUUGUUUGUUUUACAGCUGAUUCUCUGCACAUUCUUUAUCAAUUUUAUGAUAAUUAUGUUAAUUAGUUUCCUUGGUUUCAGAUCUUUCUGUGAGCCUGGCAGAAUAUUUAAUGCCCUUCUAUUAGGUACUGGUACUCUGUUCUGUUUUGAUCUUUAAUUCACACACAGUGAUUGAAUGUUGUAUCAAAUUCGGUUUGCAAUGACUUGCAAUGAGUGAGUACAGUUAGGUCUACCAAUAGCCAGAAAGGUGUCAACUCUAUGUGAAGGUAAAAGCUGGUCACAUGUCACAUAUGAUGUAACAAUAAGUUUUGUCUAUGUAGAAAAAGUAUGUAAAAAAAUGUGCAUAUCAUAAAGUUGGUAUACAAGACUAGUAAAUACCUUUUCUCCAAAGACUGGUUUUAUCCUGUUCAUUGUUGGUGAUUUAUGACCAAUCCUUAGUGGCCACCUGGCAUUUGACAUUCAAGUUGGUUAAUUGUAACAAUAAGAGAAUUUUAAAUGUAAGAUUCAAAGAAAAUAGUAAAGGGAUAUUGUCCUUGUUCAAUGAAUCCUUGUUGAAAAUUUUGAAAAGAAUUGGUCCAUAGAUAUUAAAAACUGAGUCUGAAAUAAUGACUGCACUUAUGUCAGCAUGGUCAACUAAAGUAAUUGGUGUCAUUUAAGCAAAUAUUUUUGUUUUUAAGAAUAUUUUACACAGUUCAUGAAAUCGUAAUUAAUUAAAAGUGAGCUCAGAUGACCUAUUCUACUUUAAAAUUUUGUAUAUGAUUAGACCAGGACCAUUUUGUAUAAGGAUGAAACUUUUUUUCAAUUAUUUUUUGCUCUUUGUAUUCAGUAGAAAUUCCAAGUCUUGCUUUGAAUCGGAAAAUGCACCAUAUAUUGUGUACAUGUAUACGCGUAGCAAUGUAAGAAAUAAAAACUAGGUAGGUAGAUAGAUUUUGAAUUACAUUUUAAAUAUUCAAGAUGACUAUGAAAUGGUACGAUUUGCAAUAAUUUUUCUCUGUAUGUCUCAUGAGUACUGAUUAUAUGUUUGUUGUAUCGUUUAUCAUUUCUUUUUUUGUUGUUCUGCUCUGUAUGUUUUGGGAUUGUAGUUUUUAGCAGAAGUGUAGUUUGUGUUACUGUGAAGUACUUGUAUAUUUUGGCUAUUUGUUAAACAUGGGACUCCUAUAGGGUAUAAUAAACAAAUCUUAUGAGAUUGUAAAAA